AUGAAAAGUUCAAUUGCUUUUGAUUCACAACCACGAUCUGUUGCUGUUGGUGACUUUAACAAUGAUCAUCAAAUGGAUAUUGUUGUAGCGAAUUCCGGUACAAAUACUAUUGGAAUAUUUCUUUCACAAGAUAAUGAAACUUUUACAAAUCAACAAAUAUAUCCAACUGGAUUCGAUUCUCGUCCUUAUUCACUGGUUGUCAAUGAUUUCAAUAAUGACAAUUAUUUAGAUAUUGCUGUUGCUAAUUAUGGAACCAAUAAUAUUGGGGUAUUUUUAGGAAAUAAAAAUGGAUCAUUUACUAAUCAACAAGUAUAUUCACUUAAUUCUUCUCGUCCAGUUUUUAUUACUAUUGGUGACUUCAAUAAUGAUAAUCAAACAGAUAUUGUUGUAGCUAUUCGUGAUACUAAUACUAUUGGUAUUCUUCUUGGAAAUGGUGAUGGAUCGUUUCAAGAUCAAAUAACUUAUUCUACUGGUUAUGAUUCUUUUCCAUGUGCAUUAGUGGUUGGUGAUUUCAACAAAGAUAAUCAAUUAGAUAUUGCUGUGGCUAAUUAUGGUACUGACAAUAUUGGUAUUUUUCUUGGAUAUGGUAAUGGAUCGUUUACAAACCAAAAGACUUAUACAACUACUCUUAAUUCGAAACCAUCUUCUAUCGCUGUUGGAGAUUUAAAUAAUGAUAAUUAUCUCGAUAUUAUAGUCACACAUUCUGCUACUGGCAAGAUUGGUAUAUAUUUUGGUUACGAGGAUGGCACAUUUGCAAAACAAACUACGUUCUUAAUAAGUUCUAAUUCUCAUCCAUAUUAUGUUACUGUUGGUAAUUUUGAUAAGGACGAUCAACUAGAUGUUGUUGUUGUUGAUUCACAAAACGAUCAAGUACAUAUUCUUCUGCAAUAUGACAAUAGAACAUUUACUACAACAACUACAUAUGAUGGAGUACAUGCAUCUCGUCCAUUCUUUGUCGCUGUAGCAGACUUUAAUAAUGAUAAUCAAUCAGAUAUUAUUAUAGCCAACUAUAAUACUAAUAAUGUACUUGUACUUAGUCAACAUUCAAUAAAACCAUCAGUAAGACAAACAAAUUAUUUUAUUGGAAAAGAUUCCCGCUCGACUUCAGUCAUUAUUUAUGACUUUGAUAAUGAUGAUCGAUUAGAUUUAUUGGUUAAUAAUUUUGACAAUGAUAGUUUAUUUUUACUAACUAGUAAUCAUAAUGGAGCUUUUGAGCCAGAAACAACAUAUUCGACUGGAGAUAAAUCAGCUCCAAAACAUUUUUCUAUUGGUGACUUUAACAAUGAUAAUCGAAUGGAUAUUGUCACAGCUAAUUAUGGUUCUGAUAGUAUAGGUAUUCUUCUUGCACAAGGCAAUAGAACUUUUUCUAAUGUAAUAACUUACUUUGUGGGUCACGGUUCUCAACCAUGGUCAGUCAGCGUUGGAGAUUUCAAUAAUGAUAAUCGAUUAGAUGUUGUCACUGCAAAUUACGGAUCUGGCGGCUUAGGUGUUCUUCUUGGGCACGGGAAUGGAAGUUUUGGUAAAGCGAUGAUAUACUCUGCUAACAUUAUUGUUCUACCGGUAUCAGUUGCUGUUGGUGAUGUCAAUAAUGAUAAACAGUUGGAUAUUGUCAUCACUGAUGGUUACUCUGACACUGUGGGUGUUCUUCUCGGAUAUGGUAAUGGAACGUUUUCUAAUGCAAUGACGUAUGCUGUUGACGGAGGUUUUGUAGGUAUUUUUCUUGGUUACGGAAACGGAACUUUUCAAGACAUUGUAACUUAUUCGACUGGUUCUACUUCAGUCCUUUAUCAUAUCGCUAUUGCUGAUUUCAACAAUGAUCAUCGACAUGAUUUUGUCGUGACCAAUAGGGCGAAUGAUGAAAUAAUUAUCUUUUAUGGAUAUGGUAAUGGCAGCUUUGAACUUGCAAGGACAUAUUCUACUGGUUUUGGUUCGAAGCCGUAUGCCAUCACUACUGCUAAAUUGAAGAAUAGCAAUCAAACAAAUAUCAUUAUUACUCUCUGGGGCAAGGGAAAAGUUGGUAUUUUAACUGAAUAUACAGCUGCAGAAUUUGCAAAUCGAAAAAUUUAUUCAACUGGUUCAGCUCCACAACCGUAUUCUGUAACUGUUGGUAAUUUCAAUGAUGAUGGUCAUGUAGACAUAGUCAUUGUUAAUUCUGGAAGUGAUAAUUUAGAUGUACUUUUCAACACGGGUAAUGGUACAUUUGAAACGCAAAUAACGUAUCCCAUUGGUGUUGAUUCAUUUCCAACGUAUGUUACCGCUGGUGACCUCAAUAAAGACAAUCAUUUAGAUAUAGUUACUGUUAAUUCAAAGAAUAAUAGUAUUAGUAUAAUUAUGGGACAUGCUAAUGGAACUUUUGAUAUUCCAAGAGUGUAUCCAACUGGAAAAAAUUCAUAUCCAUUGGCAGUGGCUAUCGACGAUUUUAAUGAUGACAAUCGAUCGGAUUUAAUCAUUGCUAAUGCAGGUAAAGAUAGUAUAGGUGUACUUUUUGGAUUUCAUUAUACAACAUUUAAAAGUCAUAAAACUUAUUCCAAUGAUAAUACUCGAGCACCAUCCAGUAUCAUCACUAGUGACUUUAAUAAUGAUAAACACCUAGAUAUUGCCGUUACUUUUUAUAACAGUAAUAACAUAGGUAUUCUUCUUGGUUAUGAUAAUGGAAGCUUUGGUACUAUGAUGACUUAUUCAACUGGACAUGGUUCACUACCUAAGUCAUUGGCUGCUGAUGAUUUUAACAAUGAUGGACGAUCGGAUAUUAUUGUCGUUAAUUCAGGCACUAAUGAGAUAGGUAUCUUUCUUGGAUAUGGUAAUGGAAAUUUCGCUACUAUGAUAAGAUAUGCAACUGGAAAGGAUUCUAAUCCAGUUGCGAUCGUUUUAACGGAUAUAAAUAAUGAUGGUCGAAUAGAUAUUAUUGUAGCCAACUAUGCUUUUAAUAAUAUAGGUAUUCUACUUGGACAUGGUAAUUUGACUUUUAAUACCAUGGUUACUUAUUCGACUGGAAAUAAUUCGAAGCCAACAUCAAUUGCCGUGGAUGAUUUUGAUAAUGACGGUCAAAUAGAUAUCGUCGUAGCUAAUUAUCGUACUAGUACUAUCUGUAUUUUUUUAGGUUAUGAAAAUGGAAGUUUUACAACUCAAAUGAACUAUUCAACAGGUUAUCAAUCUUGGCCGUCUAGCAUAACUGUUGGAGAUUUCAAUGGAGACAAUCGACUUGAUAUCGCUACUAGUAAUUAUAAUAUGAAUAAUGUCGGUAUUUUUCUUGGAUAUGGAAAUGGUUCGUUUUCUUCUGUCACGACAUAUCCCACUGGAGAUGGUUCUUCUCCACAAUUUGUUGAAGCUCGUGAUUUUAAUUAUGAUGGUAAAUUAGAUAUCGCUGUUGCAAAUUAUGGAUCUAACAAUAUUGUUGUGCUUUUCGGAUUUGGAGAUGGAAGCUUUUUAUUAGGAACCGCAUAUCAAACUGGUCAUGGAUCUGCACCAUAUGUGUUAACCAUUGGCGAUUUUAACAAUGAUUCUCGAUUAGAUAUCGCCGUCGUAAAUGAAAAAUCAAACAAUAUAAACAUCUUUCUCGGAUAUGGCAGGGAACCUUAUGCUGGUGUAACAUCAUAUUGGACGGGCUCUGGAUCGCAGCCAUACUCAAUUGCUAUUGGUGAUCUAAAUAACGAUGGUCGAUCAGAUAUUGUCGUAGCUAAUUAUGGUACUCACAAUGUAGGUGUUUUACUUGGACGUAGUCAUGGAGUUUUUGAACCUAUGAAAACAUAUUCAACUGAAGUUGGUUUUGCUCCGUAUUCUGUUUCUGUAGCUGAUUUUAAUAAUGACAAUCGAUUGGAUAUUGUUGUUACUUAUUCUAAAACUGAUAAUAUUGCUAUUUUGCUAGGUGAUGGUAACGGAACGUUUGUAGUUGGAGCGACAUACUUAACUGGUGCUCGUUCUAGACCAUCUACAGUAGCUGUAGGUGAUUUCAAUAAUGAUAAUAUACCAGAUAUUGCUAUUGCGAAUUCUGGCACUAGUAAUAUAAUGCUAUUUUAUGGAUAUGGAAACGGUCUCUUUGGAAACAAAACUUCGAUUGAUCUAGGCUAUGGAUAUCAUCCGUUCUCGAUUGCAAUCAAAGAUUUAAAUGAAGACAAUUGGAUGGAUAUUGUCAUUGCAUGUUCUGGCACAGAUCAUGUAGAAACUCUAAUAAAAAUGUGUUAG